CCGUGAGAAAGAUGAGGAAACGUAUAGGGGAGCAACUAUCUGGGUUAGUGAUGGAGUCGGUGGGGGAGACACAACAUGGAGAUACGACCUUUGAUAUUGAUGAUGAUGUCUGGUAUGGAGAGGAUGGUGGGCAAGACGAGGUGGACGUGGUCAAGUAUUUUGCAAAUCUUUGCGCAGUCCACGUGGAUGGGCUAAUCGAUGACGAUGAGCAGGAUGAAGUAGACGUCGUCGACUGCGAAACUGGCGAGCAGGAGGAUGAAGACGUCGUUGGCUACUUUGCAGCCAUCAAUGCAGUAUGCGAGGAGCGCGCAUCUGAAAGUGAUUAUCAGGGCGGUGAGUGGGAGUGUGGCCUUGGUGAUGCAGGUGGGUGGGACGUGGAGUGGGGGCAGAUGGCAACAGUGAUAUUACCGGCGACGUCAACAGCACACACAAAAGCGACGGCAGUAAUGAUACCGACAACAACAACAACAUCUACAAUAACAUCUCCCAUUCCUGAUGACGACCCUCACCCUCAGCAGGACACUGAAGAGAGGGAAUAUACUGCCCUCCAUGAGGCAGGCGAGUGGGUGGGGGAGGUAGGGCUGAUGGUUACCACCGAGAUGUUGGACACGGGAGCGAGCGAUGUCAGUAACGGCAACAAGAAGAACAACAACAACAACAACAAAGACGGUGAUAACAACGAGAUGGUUGAGAUGGGAGAGAACGAUGACAACGACCCUCUGCCUCAGCAGGGUAUUAACAAGAGGGAAUAUGCUGCUUUUCAUGAGGCGGGCGAGGGGGUGGGGGAGGUAGGGCUGAUGACUAUGGCUGAGAUGGAGCUGAUGGGAGAGAACGAUGUCAGCACCAACAACAACAACAACAACAACAACAACGAAGACAACAACAACAGCAACAACAACAAAGACGGUGAUAAUAACAAGAUGGCUGAGAUGGGAGAGAACAAUGGCAACAUCAACAACAACAGUAAUAACAACAACGACGGUGAGCAGGGAUGGCGGGGAAGGGGCGAGGAGGGUGAGAAGAAUGACAUUGACAACAACAUCCAUGGCGAUAACAACAACAACAACAACAACAACAACAACAACAACAACAACAACAACAACAUGAAUAGCAACAACAACAACAACAAUCACGAUAACGAUGGCGGCAGCAACCGAGGGAGCAGCGGGGAGGAGAGUGGUAUUUGUGUAUCUAAGCUCCUUGUUAGCCUUAUGGGAAAGAUGCCGCCAUCAGCACAGUGGGGAGGAAUUCGUAACUUGGUGAGGCUGGCAAAGUGGGGUUUGAGAUUGAAUGUAAGACUUACUGUUCCCCCCCACCCCUACCCGGUGUUUGCUUAUGCUGAUUCAUGUCUCUUUUUCAGGCACCAGGUGGGGAUAGGAUAGAUGUCUUCCCUGCCAAUAUUAGGGUUGAUUGAUUGUCUCUCAUCUUUCAACUCUUAAUCAUGAUCAGAUUGGUUGAUAAUUACUUCCCUGCUAAGAUUAGGGUUGAUUGUCUCUCAUCUUUAAAAUCUUAAUCAUGAUCGGAUUAAUUGAUAAUUACGUUUGUUGUUGCUAGUGAGCAUAUGACAUCUAGAUACAUUACUGUAUAGGGGAUAUAGGGGAUAUAUGUUUCAGGAGUAUGAGGUCAAUCCUUCCCUUGUCUAGGGAAGUAAUCAAUGCCUCUGUUCCUU